AUGAGGGUUAUUUCGAACAAGAACAAUGAAGAUGUGGAAGUACCGCUCUUCGUCGGAAUCUGGUCAUUUCACUAUUAUCUGAUCUCUCUUCCUCCUCUGGAACCAAUUGCGAUUGCGAGAGUGCUGCCGGAUGCGGAUCACUUAACUGCUUUGGCAGGCCAAAAUGAGAAUGAAGUUCUAGUCAGCAUAUGUACUGUUUAUUUCAAAAUUGCAGUUUAUCGCAUCAAUUUGUCUUUUAUUUUGAAUGGUGCGAGGAUGAUGCAGGAUGUUGAGGAGAAUAGCUCAAGCUCAGAUGUUUCUGACCCAUAA